GAUCUACUUCCUCUUAAGCGGAGUGUGUGCUUUUCGAACCAGACCUGGCUCAGACUUUGUGAAGUUCGUGUUCGCGGUUAAAACGAAUAUAUUUCAGAAUUUUACCAUUGCCAACACUACUUCGAGUAUGUUGAAGUAGAGGAUAAAAAUCGUCUUCAGUCAAAGCUACUGAAAACUCCUCCAAACAGACAACAGGGUCUAAAAACAUUUUUCUUCUUUUCGUUAUAACUUCUUUACAUGCUCUCUCUCUCUCUCUCCCUCCCCCUCUCUCCUGCAUACACAGAGGUACCAGUUAUAGGCCAAACAAAUUGAAUUGAAUUCAGGUUUUUUUUUUUUUUAAUCUCAAGGCACUUUACAGGCUAAGAUCAAUGUUUUUUUUUCCCUUAAAUGUUUAAGGUCAAGUACAGUAACUUCAGUUUUGUCUGACUUUUGAAACCCACUAUGAGCGAACACUCUGUGCUUGGUGACUUUUAACAGGAAGAAAACAUCAGAACCAGAGUCAGGGCCUCAACUGUUUGACAGGAGAGAAAUUGGGAGAGGAGAAAGGGGUGGGGAGGCAGCUGUUGAGUAAUAGUGUCAGAUCCUGCAGCUCCAGAGUCAGAGACAUCAGCAGAAUGAAGACAGGGAGAGAGAGAGAAGACAGACAGGAAAAACACAAACGAUGAGAUGGAGUUAAUGACGUUCAGUGGUGUGAGGCAUGAGGAGAGAGAGAAGGGGAGAGAGGAAGCACUCACUGUAUUAUGGGAGUUCCCCCAGCCUCAGCCUAUAGCAGCUCAACUAAGAGAUGGGUCAGGGCUCACCUGACUAUCAGCUUUAUUAAAGAGGAAAGUUAAGCCUAAUCUUAACUAUAGACAGGGGGUCUUUGGCAUCCUUUUGAGUCAGGAUGUUUCUAAUCAUCACAGUAUUGCUAUGGUGUUAGAAGGUUGUCCCAGAGACUUGUGUUAUGUGUGUGGCAAAGGACAUGUCCUUGUCCAAAAUGUCCCUAAGGUUCCUUACCGCAGAAAUGGAGUCCACAGUAAUGCCAUCCAAAGUAACUAUGCAAUUAGAUUAUGUUUUUUUUUUCUCUGAAUUUGGAAGUAAGAAAAUUAGAAGUCAUCCUCAAGUGGUAAAAUGUAGACAAAUUCAAAGGCUAAAAGCAAAAAAAAAAAAAAAAAAACUCACACAAUUUCCUCCAGAAUCCCAUCAGAUAUUAUUAGCAUUACCUGUGAUCAAUGUCAUUACAUCAAGUUGUGGGUGUAACGUAAUUAAAAGAGGAAUUAAUGACUGGUAUGAUGUACUACACAGUUUUACACCAGAGAAACCAGACGUCUGAGAGAGUUUAUGUUGGCUCUUGUUUUUAGUACAGAAAAUGGAUUUUCAGAAGCUGCUGUUAGGAGUGGGGAGGGCCCUGUGUAAGGAGGAGGUAAAAGCUUUAGCAUUUCUUUGUGCUGACCUCCUGGGCCAAAACCCGACCUCUGUGGAGUCAACCAAUGACCUCUUCUCACGUCUGGCGGAUCAAGACCAUCUCUCACCUGAGCAGCCAUGGCUGUUGAUUGAGCUUCUCCAAACCAUUCAACGUACCCGUCUGGUCCGUGAACUCAAUCUCGAUCUCAGUCCCAACACAACCAGGAACCUCAUCUCACCUUUCAGGAAGCUGCUCUACUGCCUGUCUGAAGAGAUUACUGGUGAUGAUUUGAAACAAGUGAAGUUCUUGCUAAACAAAACGCUCCCACGUAGAAAACUGGAGGAAAAUGUUACUACGCUGGAAGUCUUCCUGGAGAUGGAGCACAUGGACCUCCUCAGUGACACUAAUUUAGAGGAACUAGAAAAAAUUAUUCGGACAGUCUGUCCCGUGUUGCAAGAAAGGAUCAACCAGUUCAAAGCACGGAUGCCAUUGCAAUUGCAGUUACAGACCGAGUUUUCCAUAAAUUCUUCCAACACCUCUAUGGAUUUUCCAGUAGGUUUACAUGGUGGAAAUGAUGGGACCCUGAAUGAAACACACAGCUUGUCCUCCUUCAAGGACCAUUUGAGAAACGAUGACACAGCAUUUUUGCCGCCUGAAGAAAACAAGACCUCUGAAAAGCAGAUGGUUGAGACUACAUACACAAACAAUGAGCAUUUGGGAACAUAUCCCAUGGAGGCAGCAAAGAGAGGUAUCUGCCUGAUAGUAAACAACCACAAAUUCCAAAACUGCCAUCUCAGCAAUCGGGAGGGGACUGUGAUUGAUGAAAUGUGUCUGCAAGUUGUGUUUAAAUGGCUGGGCUUUGAGGUUGAGAUAAAGCGUGACUGUACGAGUGAGGAGAUGCGGUCCGUGCUGCGCGAGCUCGGCAGGAGAGACCACACACAGAUGGACUGUGUGGUGUGCUGUAUUCUUAGCCAUGGCCUGGAGGGAAGAGUAUAUGGUGUGAACGGCCAAACCAUAGAGCUCAAGGACCUGAUGAACUAUUUGAAUGGAUCACAAUGCCCCUCUUUGGCAGGAAAACCCAAGCUGUUUUUCAUCCAGGCUUGCCAGGGCACCAAGGAGCAAAAGGCUAUCCGCAUCAAGGCUGAAAGCCCUGAUCUUGUUUGUAGUGAUGCCAUUGAAGCAAUUGACUCCAUCCCAUCUGAUGCUGACUUCCUGCAGGCAAUGGCCACCGUUUCUUCUUUCGUCUCCUUCAGAGAGAAGAUGAGAGGCACCUGGUUUAUUCAGUCAUUGUGCCAAAACCUUAUCGAGUUGGUGCCGAGGAAGCAUGACCUUGUGUCUAUCCUGACGAAUGUGAAUGCAGAUGUUAGCCAGAGGACCGAUCGCACCGGUGAAAAAAAGCAAAUGCCUCAGCCAGCCUUCUCACUCAGGAAGAAAGUGGUCUUUCCAGUGCCUAAAACCCCUCCUCCCAGCCUGUCGUCCGUUUGAUCGCCUCACACGUCAGAUGACGCUUGAAACAAACAAAGUGCCUUUGUUUGACAAAAAUUAUUUACAGUUACAGCAUCAUCCAGAUGUGUUUAUAUUUUUAUGAUGACACUAGAGCCAGCUUCCAUUUGCUAAAUAAGACAAUGAGAUGUGGUUGAAAACCUUAAUAUUAACCUUUACACGAUUUUGCGACAGUCUUUUUUAAGGUUUAUAUAAGAUAGUCAAAAUUAAGUGUUUACACAUGAUUUUUAACGUUUGUUGAAGUGAUCUUCAUGAAUGGAUCAUACAAAUCAGUUCAGGAGUAAAUGUAUGUACUUUUAGACUUAGGUAUUAGAGGAACUCUACUGGCCAGCUAUUCCUGGAAAUGCUACCACAGUAGUGUGUAUAUUCUUCAAAAUGUGACAGUAUUAUGGUUGUCACACAUCUGAAAUCUAUAACAUCUUUUAAGUUGUUCAAACACAGCAAUCAUUCGAGUAAUACAUUUUAUGCAUUGCCACUGUAAAAACAUUUUGUAAUAUGAACACAAUUAUUCUGUUAGUUUAUAUUAAUGCAUUAAAAAUGCACUGUUGUAUUAAAAUGCAACUGCUCAGUGAACACCUUGAACUGACAACAAUUUGGAUAAAAGCUGAAACUGAGUCUAGUAAAUCGUGUUGUUUGAUUAUUUGCUGUUAAUUGAAUAUCUAUU